GGGCACCUGACCCGAACAACUCGCCGGUUUUUGUGGCGAUUGUUGCGAUGGCGGGCUGUCAAUCGCCCAGUGACAAGAAGACCUAUCGUGUGGUCCUCGACCGACAGGCAGACGGCUCUCCUCUGGGACUCAUCAUUGCGCAACAUCCGCGUGUGGAUGGCCUGGUCAUCAGUGCAGUGAUGGAAUCUGAGGCGAUCCGUGAGUGGAACGAAGCGCAUCCAGACAAGCCAGUUCAACGAGGCUUAGCCCUGCUGGAAAUCAACGAGGUCUCGGACUCUCAAGGCAUGGUUCACGAGUGCUGCAACGCCCCAUCCCUGAACAUGCUGGUGAGUCAGCAGUUGACUCCAGAACAGACCUUGGCGUUCCGCAAAGGGUUGCGGAAACAUUUGCUGUCGCAAGCCGUGGAUCAGAUCAUUGAGAUUCCGGAGAGCUGCGGUGGUCUAUGUGCCAUUUGCCAUGAGGACAUGGCAACGGAUGAAGCCCUGCCGACGUCAGUGGCUAAGAUCCCAUGUGGCCAUUGCUUCCACCGCAGCUGCGUGACGAAGUGGUUGGUCUCGGGAAGUCAACGUUGUCCCUUAUGCAAUCGUGCUGUGCAUUUGGAUAUUUCCACGGAAGAUUGAGAUGCAAUUCAUGAGGCCUAAUCGCCUAAUCCGUCAACUGCUGGAGCUUCUACACAUCGAGUUGGACUCCAGCAGAGACGGACUGCACCCAUAAAAUCUCUGAAGUUCUUUCUGGACAGUUCCAAGUACUGGAUAGUUCCAUUGACG